CAGCGCUUCAUUGGUUUCUUCCAAGAUGGCGGCCUACAUAAGGCAACGAUGUUUAAGCGCAGCUGUCAAAGUUAAAUGUUUUUCUCCUUCUCUUACAGCCAGACGAUGGCUGCUCUCUGCAGCUUACACAGACAGCAAACUGUGGGAGGAGAGAGAAAAAGAAACACAAAACCUGGCUGUUCUGGCCAAGUUCAUGGAUAAAACUUAUGAGAGGACGUUUCCGGUCAGCUCUCUGACCAUUUCAMGGUUUGUUGACAGCAUAACAUCCAGGGAGGAAGUCGAUCAAGCAGAGUACUACCUGUACAAGUUUCGUCACAGUCCAAAUUGUUGGUACUUGCGAGACUGGACCAUUCACUCUUGGAUCAGACAAUGUUUGAAGUUUGGAGYCAGAGAAAAGGCCAUGUACACAGUUAAAAACAAGACCCAGUUUGGAAUAUUUCCAGACAACUUCACCUUCAACCUGCUGAUAGAUUCCUACAUUAAGGAUGGAGACUUUAAAAGUGCAUCGUCUGUGGUUGAAGAGGUGAUGCUUCAGGAGGCCUUCGACCUUCCCUCCACUCGGAUCCUGUCUCUGUAUGCUCUGAGUCAUUUCUUCGCAACCAAACCACAGCUCACCGUGUCAGAAGAGCGGGCUUUGGGGGCGUCGCUGUUCCACUGUGGACUGCAGCAGGACAACACUGUUGGUCUCAGUGCUCAGCUGCUUGGAAAUGCUCUUCUAGGAAAGGUGGAGAUGUUAAAGGGCAUUAAUGCCGUUUUUAAAGGCAUGCCUCUCUCCUGGGUUCGAGGGUAUCUGGGUCGGGCACUGGCUGUGAUGGAGAGAGUUGCUGCUGCAGCUUCUGGGGAUAUCAAACUGUCUAAAGACACACUCGACUACAUGAGCGACUUGCUGCAGGAGCUGUCCUCCACCUCGGAGACGGAYGACGACUCCGGAAAGGAGUCAGGGGAGGAGUCAGUAGAGGAGUCAGUGGAGGAGUCAGGCCAGGAAGAAAACAAGAAAGAAGAAGACGUGGAUGAAGAAGACGAGGCUGAGAAGGCUAACCUUCCUCAAUAUGUCCUCAGAUUUAAGGAGCUGAGCAGUCAGCUGGAGUCUCAGGGUAAAGUGGAGCCCGCCUCCUUCCAGGCUUUAACGACCACCCAGGCCCAGCAGAGCCUGGCCGCAGCGGAGCAACAGGACCUGGAGCAGUACGAGAAGCGAUUGGUGGACUGGGCGGCUGAGAGGAGGACGCUGAUCCAGAGGGAGAAGGAGAUGAGGGCGAAAUCUGAACAGGAACGACAGGAGCGGUUAGCUGCCAAGGCUGCAGCUGAACAAGCUGCAGCUGAACAAGCUCAGACACAGUGACCGUGCUUUUAAUGGAACAUUGCAUCCACACGUGACCAGUUAUUCCUGUGUAUAUUUACUGUGCUYGCUCUGCUAAAUAAGUUGUCAAAUUAAACCGAUUUUGAUUUGUAGAAAAAA